AGCAAAAUGAAGCCUCAAGUGAAAGAAGCCUUGCCUUGCCCGGUUACUUGGAUCCGUUUUACGCUCACCGCAGCUGUAAUUCUGCUCGAUAGUGCAGCCCAGGGCCUGCUGUGUCGGCAGUGCUUCAGCCUGGUCAGCUGGGACGAUUGCGAGCGGGUGGCCCGGGACAAUCUGUGCACCACGGUGGGCGUCAACACGUCCAACCUGAAUCUGCUGCACGAGAACCCGACGCUGGCGCUCGGUAACCUGAGCGAGUUCCGGUGCUACAAGUACCAGGCCCGGAUCAACCGGCACAACGACCGGGGUCUGGUUACGGGCUAUGGCCGCGGGUGCACCUUUGCCGUCGGGGACUUUUGCUCCGACUGGAAACCGGCGGUCGCCGUGAAGCAGUGCGACGUGUGCGACGAUCGGGAUCUUUGCAACCGGGGUGGGGGAAGGGCCGGUCCGGAAGUGGUGGUGGUGCUGGGGGUUGCAGCAGUAAUGGCUGCCAUCGGGACAGGACGUUAUAAUUAAGGUCAAAUAAAGUCGUACUUGGACGGGUCCGGUGCAAGAAAGUG